CCGGCACCUCCUGUGGGGUGGGUGGUGCCCGAGGCCGUGGAGGUCGGCGGCCGUUGAGCGGUUCUCGUGGGCAAGUCCUCGAGCGGAGCGUCUCUGCCGGGAGAGAACAUGAGUUUAGCCUUGAGAAGUGAGCUUGUAGUAGACAAAACAAAGAGGAAAAAACGAAGAGAGCUCUCUGAAGAACAGAAGCAAGAAAUCAAAGAUGCGUUUGAGCUCUUUGAUACCGACAAAGACCACGCGAUAGAUUAUCAUGAAUUAAAGGUGGCAAUGAGAGCCUUGGGUUUUGAUGUGAAAAAAGCCGAUGUACUGAAGAUUCUUAAAGAUUAUGACAGAGAAGCCACAGGCAAAAUCACCUUUGAAGAUUUUAAUGAAGUUGUGACAGACUGGAUAUUGGAAAGAGAUCCACAUGAAGAAAUCCUGAAAGCAUUUAAACUAUUUGAUGACGAUGAUUCAGGUAAAAUAAGCUUGAGGAAUUUGCGACGUGUUGCCAGAGAACUGGGUGAAAACAUGAGUGACGAAGAACUCCGGGCCAUGAUAGAAGAAUUUGAUAAGGAUGGUGAUGGAGAAAUAAAUCAAGAGGAAUUCAUUGCUAUUAUGACUGGUGACAUAUAAAGGAUUAUGAGAAUCAACACCAAUGUUGCAGUUACCAUCUAUAUUUCCUUUUUGUGACUAAAGUCCUGUUUCAAAUAAAAACUUCCAACUUAGUCUUUUCUCCAAAAGGACCAAAACUAA